AUGGUAGCUCCUUCGAUAACUGGCAGGAAAGACGAAAGAUUAAACAAAAUAAUUCCGGUCAUGAAAAACGAUUGUAUUUCCAAAAUUGUUCAAAGAGACCCUCUGAUCAAAGCAUUUGGAUCAAUAAUGAUCGAAAAAAGCGGACCAAAAGACAGCCAGUUCAUUUCUCAGAAAAUGAGAGAGCUUGGUCGCUUAGUAGAAGGUUUAAUGUCGGUUGAGAAAAGUAAAAACGUCCAGUUGUCUGACUUCAUCAAGCCCGAGAAGUUUGAUACAGUUGUCACAGCUGUACAUAUUAUCACUCGAUUCAAUUCACAAAAUGAUCAGCUCAAAGUGAGCAUUCCAUCACUGGCAUUGAAAGUGGGUUACUCGAUACAAAAAUGUGCCUCCAUUUUAAGUGGUUUAGGCUUUGCGUAUGUAGGAUGA